AUGAGUGAAUCAUAACUUAUUGAAAAGCUUUAACAAUAUGGUAGUAAGAAAGGAAAGUAUGAAAAUGAACUAUUAAAUUCCUCUCAAGAAUGUAGUUAUAAAAUUAGCACCAGUCCUAGAUUUCAUAAAUUUCAUCAAUCUCCUGUUAUUCAUCAAUCUCCUGCUAAUGCUUCAUCAUCAUUAGAACAUUAUCCAUUUGAUAAAGAAGAUAUUUAAAUUAAAGAUCCAUAAGGUGAAAUACGCUUCUUACUUAAUAUUAUUGACUAAUUGUAAUAUGAUUUAUAGAUAUAAUACAAUGAUAGUGAAAUUAUUAAAAAGAAGUAUCAAGAAUUACAAUAUUAAGUUCAAAAAAUGCAAAGCAAUGUAUUCAAAGAAUAAGAAUAAUAUGAAACUAAAUAAUACUGUGAUCAACUUGAAAAAUAAAACAAAUUAUUAAACAACGAAAAUAAUACUCUUAAAAAAAAUUAUUAAGAAGUCUAAUAAAAAUUUGUUGAUUGCUAAAAAGAUCUAGAUAAUCUCAAAUUAAAUGCAUCAGAACUAUUAAUUUAAAAUGAAGGAUUGUAUUCAUUAUUAAACUCUUUAAAAGAAAAACAUCAAUUUGAUAUUGAUAGUUAAGCCAAACAUUUAGAACUUAUUAAUUAAAAGAAAAUUGACGAUGAAAUUAAUCUUAUUCAAAAACAAUAUAGAAGAGAAAUAGAAACAUAAAAUUCAAUUUCAGAUUCAUAUAAAAAAAAAAUAGAAGAUUUAACCAAUGAAUGCGAAAUUAAAUCCAAGAAACUUAGUUAAUAAUAAGAAAUCAAUUUAAAAUAAGAAUUAGAAAUUGAAAUUUUAAAUGGAAAAUUAAUAAGAUAUUAAAAAUUAGAAUAGGAAUUAGUUGAUAUUGAUACAUUAUAUUAAUAAAAAAAUAGAUUGUGUUAAUAAUUAGUUUAAGAAAACUCUAAAUUAGGUGAAGAGUUGAAGAAUUAAAAAUAAUAAAUCUAAUAAUUGGAUUCAUCUUAUAAAUUAUAAUAAAAUCUUUUAGAGAAAGAGAGGAGUGAAUAUAUAGAGAGAAUCUAAUAAUUAUAAAAAUAAUUAGAUGAAUUAUAAAAUGUAAAUAAUGAAUUCAAAAAGAAAGAGUUGGAAUAAUAAAGACUUUUAAAUAAAUUAUCUGAGUAUGGAGAUGAGAAUAUGAGAUUGUUGGAAUAAAAUACUUUUAUUUUGGAUAAGACUAAUGAUACUGAAACAUUAAGAGUAAAUUAUAAGAACUUAGUUAAAAGAUAUUAUUAAUUAAAAAGCGAGAAUGAUGGUUUGGUAUAUUCAAUAAACUAGCAUAUAACAAAUAGUGCAAUAUUAUAAAGAUAGCUAUAGAAUGCAAUAAUAGAGAAAAAUGAAGUAAUAACGAAUCUCCAUUAUACAUAAUAGUAGUUAUUAAAUUUAUAAUAUUCAUUAAGUCAUUGA